UCUCUCAGCGUCUCUCCCUGUCUCUGCGAGUGUCUCUGCGUCCCCGUCUGUGCAGGCAGCCGGUCCGGCCGAGCAGCGGAUGUGAGGGAUGAUUCAGGGCUGACAGGAAGCCCGCCGCCUCGCCCGCUGCCCGCCAGUAUCCGCGGCGUCGGCGUCCGCUCAGCAGGUGCGCCGGCUCGGCAUGAGGGGGCCGCAGUGACAGGCCCCGGCUCUCAGCACUGCCGGACAUGUGGCCAGGAGUGGACAUGAAUGUGGAGAGCGAGCUGCUGUGGCCCGGGGUGGCCCUGUUGCUGCUGCUGGGGACGGUGGCCAGCUUGUGCGUGCGCUGCUCCCGCCCAGCGGUGAAGAAGUCUGAGAAGAUCUAUGAACAGAGGAGCCCGGAGGAGAACCAACAGAACUUUGCAGUGGCCCGGACCUAUUCCUUGGUCAGGCAAGCCUGGCCUGGGGCCCUGGUGGACAUGGACUCUGACGUGGCCCUAACAAGGAAGGACAAGCUGCUGCGCUUCUCCCCCAGCCUCGAGGAUUCUGAGUCCUCCAGGUACCAGAACUUCAGCAAAGGGACCAGACUCGGACCCAGAUCUGGCCCUGAUGCGGCCCACACAGCCCCCAUUUCCAUGGACUAUUACAACUGGGGGCAGUUCCGGAAGCCCCAGGAAGAUGACGACAACGAGGACGCCAACUCCUACGAGAACGUGCUCAUCUGUACACAGAAGGAGCCUGACUCAGGUGACGAGGGAUCAGAGGACUACCAGAACUCCGCAUCCAUCCGGCAGUGGCGGGAGUCCAGGAGGGCUGUGGAGCGAGCCCCGAGGGAAGAGCCUCUGACCCUAGCAGGCAGCCCAGAUGACGACGGCGACGACCCCGAUUACGUGAAUCAGAGUGUGGCAGCCACAGAAGCCUAGGAAGGCUCUGGAAGGAAGGAGCCGAGGGAGCCACUAGGCUGAGGGCUGUUCACUGCCUCCCCUGGGGUCACUUCUCUCUCGGGAGCUGCCCAACCUCUAGACGCCCCACGGUCACUCCUGGGAGAUACACCGAGACGUCCAGAGGACCAUCCGUCAGGCCGUGGGGGGCCGGCCGGGGACAGGACAGUUAUACGGGGAAUCAGCCCCUGGCCCGGCUUCAGCGAGAGCCCAAGGCUGAGGGCAGCGUAGCUCCUGCCCUGAUCGAUGCCCCGGGGUCAAGGCAAGCUGCCUUCCUGUCCCGUCUGAAAAAACACUGCGUGUCGCUGGGAUUCCUGUGCCUUUUUGCUUCGGAUUCAGAUUCGAAAUUGCUGACUCGUGUCAAUGGCUGGGAUCUUUUUUGUGAGCCGUGGACGUGUACAGUUAAUUUAUGUGGGUGGGACCGUAUUUAAUCAUCUACAUCCCUGGGUGCAGAAUGUCGUCUGUCUCGUCUCCUGGAAGCAUUACACGUCAUGGCUGUUGUCGGGGGGGGCCCAGAGCCCCAUUCUUCGGGCUUCGGUCCACUUGGAAGCGGUGAGGCUACAGGACAGCCCUUCCGUGGGGACGUCUGCUGUGGGCAAAGCACGUCGUGUUUCUGGAGAAGGAGCAGCGCGGAGCGGCUGAGUGGGGCCCCUCUCCGUUGUCCCCGAGUCCUCCCUGGCCCCAGGACUGGACUCACUGAGCUGAGCAGGAACACAACUGCCUUGUGGGAAGCACAGGGGCCCCCGGGGACCUUCGGAGGCAGAUAAAGCCACAGCCAGAGGGACUAGAUGUUUCCUUCGACUGAAACGUCUCAAUAAAGCCUGUUCUUACUAGCGA